CCAUCACGAAAGGCUUUCAUCCAGUUUUAAACUCUUCGCCGUAUUCGGUCAAAUUUAGUGAGGGAAGAAUAUUAAAAGUGCCAUAUUUUUAAGCGUUUUGAGUGUUUUAAUAUAAACAUUUACCGUCUGAUAUAGCUGAUGGGCAUGUAAACAUUUUUGGGACACUAGAAUUCAGUUGAGAAUAAAAAAAGCUCGUAAAUGGAAAUUCGUUGUAUUGUAUUUCCUCUGAUGUUGCGUUGGAAGAGUGCGAUGGUGGACUCGACCAAGUCAUGUGGAGGCCAUACGUGAUCGUUGCGAAAUAAUAACGUGACUCGCAUCCGGCUGACGACAUAGUCCAGGAGUUAACAACACCGUUUAAUUCUAUUCAAGCGCGUUACAGAAUACGGCUUAGCUUUACAGCCAUUGCUUCGUAUUCUGCAGGUCCCCACUUCAAACCUCGACCUCUGACCGUCACUCUCAACAUCGCAACCCACUCGAUCCAAAGCUCGUCUACGUAUCUUUUUAAGAAUCCAGCCCUUACCGCAUAGAAAACACAACUCUUUAUGAUUGCGAAGAUUAACUUGUUAACGCUGUUUAAGUAAGUAAUUCCUGGAACUGAUAACAUGAAUAUUCAUCAGACUGUGCAGAACAGUAAUAUUUUAACUGACAAAGUGUUAGUACGUACAUAAAACUGUCACCACCAAACUGUAAUAUUCUCUCUGACAUAUGUUUAUUUUCUCUUCAAAAUAUGACUCCCUCGGUCACAGGUCAUCUUAUGAGUUGUGUUACAUUUAUAAUAGUCUCUGUACUAUAAUUACAUCAACAGGAGCUCAGAAUGGUUGUCACAUUUAUGCGAGGGAUUACGACGACAUAAGGAAGAAAGCAUUUUUGUUUGUUAAGGCUGUAGACGAGGAAUGUGCAAACUACGGUCCGCAAGAGUUUUUUCGUGUGUAUAUGAGAUGGCGCGUUAAUUUAACCAUUUAAAACCCAGUGGUAACUAUAUGUACCACCUGCUUUAACAGUUAAUGACUGCAUAUUGUAUCGUGUCUCUUGUAUGAUUCUCAUUGUAAGCAGGGAUUUGUUUUCUUUAAGGUGCGGACUGAAUUUUUAAAUAUUAUUUAGACGUUCUUUGGCUACAAAGGUUUAAGUAAGAGGAAUCCAAUGCUAUACUCUUUAAUUAUCUUACCAUUCGAUAAAAAAUUUGAUCUAAUGACAGCGACAUUAAACAAAUAAGAAAUAAAUAUAGUGACGUUUCGGGAGUUGUUUCUGUGACAUUUGUUGUUACCAUUUUAAUUUUAAUUUUGGUGGCAGAAUUUUUGUAGUACUAUGCUAGUACGCUAAUCACAAACGUAGUUAAAAUGACCCCGGGUUCAAUACGAAGUGUCAGGAACGUCAAAUCUUAAAACAAUUACAAAUCAGUAAAAUUACAAUCAGAAGACAAGAGGAGAAACAUGUCUUCAACACCCAACAAUUUAAAACAUCUCAGACAUUGGACAGUAGCGAACAUAAUAUUUGUUUCUAGACCGAUGUGCCUUGCGGGCCGCCAGUUGUAAAUCGUUGUCAGGAGGACCCUCUGUCCUAUCCUGCUAAGCAUUUACAAAUAACUUCCUCCAACGUUUAUAAAUCCAUCCCUCGGAAUGUUUUAAAAAUGGGUUGAUUUGUAUCCGAGGCUGAUAAAGAGGAACACAACUGAGAUACAAAAAUUACGUAACUCACGAGUAAAAUGGAUUUAAUUCCGGACGUAUGAACUUCGAUCUCCGCGCGAAGGUGUCAUCUGAGGUUUGUAGCGCGAAGAACGCCUCGUCAACUGGGAAGGAGACGGUCGAGUGUCGUAAAAAGAUUGUAUCUGGAGUGGAAAGUGUGAACCCACUACUUAACUGUUUCGUUCUUGCUAUCUUGGGUCACAAAUGUUUGCUGAUGGCUUUGUGCUGGCGAACUCGCGGACCAAACUGACACACACAGAACUUAAUGUUACGAGCGAAGAGUCUGGAAAUACAGAGGUGAAGAAUGUCGAAGGAUAUGGAGAAUACAGAGAUGGUUCAGUAUAUCGGAGUAUCUGUAACUGAGGACAACCCACUGGUUCAAGCUAAACGCCAGCAUCACCGUGCCGUGCUAAAGAAUGGUGUGUGCAACCUGUACCCAAGCCACGUCGCUCAACACAAAUGGCGGUUCAUUCAGGAUUCUGUGACCACGCUUGUAGACAUGCGAUGGCGCUAUGCCCUGUUCAUCUGCACGUUUACCUUCUUCUUCAGUUGGACAGCCUUUGCUGUUCUGUGGUGGCUUAUCGCUUAUGCACACGGAGACUUUGAGGAAAGACACCAGAACUCCAGUGACUGGACACCGUGUGUCACUCAGCUUUACAACUUCACGUCAUGCUUCUUGUUCAGCAUGGAAAACCAGCACACCACUGGGUUUGGGGCUCGUAUGCCAACAGAAGAAUGCCCCGAGGCUAUUUUCUUAAUGUGCAUGCAAGGGAUAGUAGGAGUGAUAUUGCAAAGCAUCAUGGUUGGACUAGUUUUCUUGAAAAUGGUGAGGCCGAAACAGAGGACUCGCACCCUAGAAUUCAGUAAUAACGCCGUUAUAUGUCGUCGUAACGGCAAGCUGUGUUUAAUGUUUCGAGUUGGCGACCUCCGCCGAUCACACAUCAUCGAGGCAAAGAUGAGAGUGCUGCUUGUUCAGACCUGGACUACUCCGGAGGGCGAGGUCAUAUCGCCUUCCCGCACGGAACUCAGGGUGGAGGACACGUCUGAUGUGAAGUCCAAUUUCUUCUGUCUCCUCUGGCCUGAAACUGUCGUGCACUGCAUUGACAAAUCCAGCCUACUUUACGAAUUGUCUGCCAAUGAUCUUCGAGAGGCAAAUUUUGAGAUUGUCGUUAUAAUGGAGGGCACAAUUGAAUCAACCGAUCAGAGGGUCCAGGCAAGAACGUCAUAUCUACCAGCAGAAAUUUUGUGGGGUCAUAGGUUUGAACCAGUAGUAAGCUAUGAUAAAAGCCAAGGCCGUUACGAUGUGGAUUAUAACCGGUUUCACUGUACCGAGCCCGUAGAGACGCCUCGAGUAAGCGCACGAGAACAGUAUAACAACUCAAAAGUACCUAUUACAUGCAACGAAGUUGCUUGUUAGUGUUAAAUUAAAACAUUACCAUUGAUUAUUGUUAUUAGACAUUGCAGUGGCUAUUGGUUCUGUGUAUACUCGAGUGUAAACGGAAUUAAAACCUGCAAAUACGA